CCCUCUCUAGCCUUUCCGCCAACGAAACCUUCUGAUUCCGAACUCCCUUCUGCUCGCGUUCGGGGCUCCACUUGCUCGUCAUCCAUUGCAUGUCUAUUUCUACAUGCUUGUCGUCGUUCUCCUCUCGAAACCUCUUCGACGGCUCAAUCGGAUAUCGGAGAUGUCCCCGCCAGAAUUGCCCUCGUCGCUAGAAGGGGGCUGGCCAAGACAGGGAACACCGACAGUGAGCUUUACCGGAUAUGGAAUCGAGACAGAGUGAGAACCGCCGCGGGAGGGAGACAACAACACACCAAAUCUGACCUCGAGAUGAAGAGAGAGCCACCGCGCGAGGGAUUUGCACGGUGCCGGAUCUCGAAUCAAGAGGGAGAGGAAGUC